GGCUGUCGAGUGACGGGCUAACAAGAAUUACCGUGCGCUCGAGAAAUGAUCCUCAGAAUCUACUUUCCUGUGACAAUCGGUGUGAUUUUUUGUGACAAACUGACAAUUUAUUGCUCCAGCUAGAGGGGUACCUACUUAAAAAUCAAAUCUCUACACGCUUAGUCGUCGAAAUAAUACGAAAAAGUUAAGUGGAGUGACCCAAAGAGAGUAUCGGGCAGUGUGCGGUGUUGCCAGGUGUGGGGUGCGGGUGUGCCACGUCGGGAGGGAUGGAUUCACGAUCAGCUGAGCCGCUGCAGAGUCUCUGUUCACAGCAGAAUUCUCGCCACCGCUCUUCCAACAACAACAAUGCUCUCAAGAAGAAGAAGAAGAGGCGCAGGAGGCGUCGACGCACACCAAAGGCCAUAGAGACGAAGCGUGGCGAGAGUAGCUUCGCGAUACUGUCGCCGACGACGUCGCGCGAGUCAUGGACGCUGCACACUGGCCCUCCCACGCCCGCGCUGCGGCCUGUGGGCGCACAGGUGCCGCGCGCCCCUGAGAACAGCACACAGUUCAUCAUGGACGACCACGAGAAUUCCACUUUGUUUGUUGACUUCGACAACUUCAGCACACCUCACUGGGAACAGGAGCCACCCGUUAGCGGGGCGGAGGAAGAUACUGGUAGUGCCACGCCCACCCACGCCCUCACCCGCGACUGGUUCCCCUUCAACGCGGCAGACUUCGAAACCGCAUACCAGAGCGCCCGUGAAGAUCGGUUGAUGUCCGGGAGUCGCUCAGAGCUGCGUGCUGCCAUAGUCGCCUUGGAGGCCCGGGCGGCUGUGCUGACGGACGCACUGUCAGCCUCCCCCUCCCGCCUUCUGUCAACACUGCAGGUUCAGUUACUGCACCUUCAGGAGGAGAAUGCUGCGCUGCGUCAGCGUCUGGCUCGUCGGGAGCUGAAGCGGCAGCAGAGUCUUGAGUCAUCGUCCUCCUCCUCUACUGACAGCGACUCUGAGUCAGACUCAACUAACUCCUCCAGUGACUGUUCAGAGUCGGACUGUGACACCUGUGCUGCCCGCCGGAGUGCGGCGGUGAAGGAAGAGGAGGAAAAGGAGAACACCUGCCCGAUGCUGCCCACACAGCUGUCCUGCACGCUCUUACCCUAAGCUCCCCCAGGGGAUCAGCUCGUUCAAGAGGCGGCAACUCACUGCCCCUGGAGGGAGAGCCUCUCUUACACCACCUCCCGUGAGCGGCGCUUGAACCACAUCUUCCCGUGUGGUCAGAUCAUGUCAUAGCCUCCACACCCACCCACCCAUCUGCUGGUUCCUGACGCUGUUAAGGAGCGACCCAUCAACAACCACCACAGCUGACCUCCACCACAUCGUCAGCAACACGCACCAUCACGUCUCGUAAACAAUUGGUCACCAGCUUGGUAUUAUAUCCCACCAAAUUGUCUAAACCACAGCAGAUGUGAGUAAGAGGGAGCAGGUUGUUGGGACGUGUACCACAAACUUGUACCCAGUGAAGGAAGUAACUGUCAGGCGCUGGUGUGUAGCCUAGUGACGGAGCCGCUGGUGUCAAGUCUAGCGAGGAAGGUUUGUUGGUGUGUCAACCCAAGCGUCGCCUGACACCACACGGGAGUCGGCCACCGUCAGUCCUCAACGAUGUGUUCAGAAUCAGCUGUCAUGCAUCGUUUUAUAGUGUCACCUGUCAUACAGUUAUUGAAUGCAGUGUUUACGUUAAAUUAGUCAUUGUACCGGAUCCAAGUUCAACAGCCUUCGUCCAGAAUCUUUCACAGCUUGAGCACACUUAAAACUGCUAGAAAACUUUGCUCAAAAUGAUCUAAAAAAAAUUUGUGUUUAAUUCAUGUAUAUUUUUGUAAUUUCCGUUUGACGUUAUAAAUGUGUUGAAUAGAAAAUGUUACGUUUAUUUUUUAGUUAUAAUUUACGUACUAUAAUCUGCUCACUGCAGAUAAUGUUCAAGAUUUUGGUGUAGAUAUUGAGUGAAUUAGGACUUUUCUGUCUACUGUACUCUAACUGCAUUUCAUAUUAUGCAAGUGAUUAAUUCAACAAUUCGUGUAUUUUGUGUUGAUGUAAUCAAAGAAUGAUGUUUCCUUUUAUUUUGUGGGUUUGUAUGUUCAUUGUAAAUUAGUCAGUGCCCUAUUUUUGUCAAGGAAUUAGCAAUGCAUUGUAUUUUUUGUUUCAUCUUCCUCAUCUCAUAUUUUUUGAGUAUAGGAGAGUAUUGCAAGUCAUGUUUGUUUGUUUUGGUCAUUGUAGACGUCUUAUAUUUUUGUAUAUUUUACUGUUCAGGCCUGUGGGUGAGAUAUUAGUGGUGUGAUGAAACAUUCUAGUGGGUUCAUACAUCACUAAGACUGCCAUACUAUGCAUUAACGUUAGUCUUUCUCUCUCUCUCCUCUCUCUCUCUCAUAGGAGCUAGGCAAAUUCUUCUCAUAGAUUAAACUGUUUUAUCUGUGUGAAGAAUAAUUGUUUUUUAGUGUCAGAUCUGUACCACGGAAGGAAGUUGUGUCACCCAAGUCAUGCUGGCUCACCCAAAUAUUUUGGUUUCUUGGCCUCUAGAGUGACGUACAUACACUUACACCACUACAGUACACACACACACAAUGUUGCCAUCACGGGGACCUUGUUACUACCAUCACCAGUGUUCUAUUAUCUGUCGCCACAUUCAUAACCCUGUUAAACAAAAUUAUUGUAGCUAUAUUGCCAGUUCCCGUGUCAUCAUUCGUCUCCCCUUGUUGCCGUAUCUCAAACGCUUGAAUGUUGCCAUUUUGUCGUCGUAUGUCCCAAUUAAGCAUUGCAUUAUUUGUUCAUACCGGGAGUGCGUUAGUCAGCACUUACCCUGGUGUGUGUGUGUGUGGGUCAUG